AUGGCCGAGACGAGCACCUCUGGGGCCAAGCAGGGAUCCAUGCUCUUGUCUUCUCCCGAGGCGGAGAGGAAAGAACCCGCGUGCGAUUGGUGCUGGGGGCUGGCACUGGAGAAGGACCCUUCCUGCUUUACUGCUGCUUCCUUAGCAAACCCGAGAGCUGCUGCGUUCCCUGAACCACAGGGGCGAGCGCGAGGGGGGCUGUCACCCACCCACGGCCACCCCACAGCGAUUGCAGAAGGGAUGGCGUACAUAGAAAGAAAAAAUUAUAUCCAUCGAGAUUUGAGAGCAGCGAAUGUUCUGGUUUCGGACUUACUGAUGUGCAAAAUCGCUGACUUUGGACUAGCAAGAGUCAUUGAAGACAACGAAUACACAGCAAGGGAAGGUGCAAAAUUCCCCAUUAAAUGGACAGCACCGGAGGCAAUCAACUAUGGAUCUUUCACUAUUAAAUCUGAUGUGUGGUCAUUUGGGAUUCUCCUGUAUGAAAUCGUCACGUAUGGAAAGAUUCCUUAUCCAGGGAUGAGCAAUUCAGAUGUGAUGGUUGCUCUUCAGCGCGGGUACCGAAUGCCACGCAUGGAAACCUGUCCAGCUGAGCUUUAUGAUAUCAUGAAAACAUGCUGGAAAGAUAAAGCAGAAGAGAGACCAACAUUCGAUUAUCUACAGAGCGUGCUUGAUGACUUCUAUACAGCAACAGAAGGGCAGUAUCAACAACAGCCAUAGAACAAAGAACACUUUUUCUAUUGACGUGGAUCAUUGGCACAGACUAUUACUUGGACAGACUGCUCAAGCCAAUUACUUCAUGAGUUUGGAUGUCUUAACUGAGUGUGGAAGCUGAAAAGCUGAAGGAAAGAGUAAUUCUGCAGAGAAAUAAUAAUGUUUUUAUUUGGUUGAAACAGUUCCUCUAAAGCUUGAAGUUCUCCUUAAAUGCUCUGUGUUCUCCAUCUGCAGAAACAUCCCAA